CAGGACCAAUAACUUCUGACAAAUCGAAGCAAAACAGAAUCUUUUUUUGACAACACAACCACUGUCAUGAUCAUAUGAUUCUGAUACAACCCGCAACAGCUAUUGCACAGGUGGCUGAUAUUUGGAAAGAUUGAUAAAAGACGGCCGGCGUCUCUCCUGCACUUUUCAGCCAGGCAACAUGGCGAGUAACCUCGUCUGGAAGUUAUGUCGUCCCCCUUUGUUUAGACAGCUGGCCUCUCUUCGGUCUGGAGCUGAAAUCCGACAUUUCUCCAGCAUCGAUCCGCCACCGGAGAAUAUCAGUCGGUAUCCAGUUCCUUACAAGAAAGACCUUCCUCAUGAUAUAGUGGAUCUUAUGGAGGAAGUUGAGUCAAAGGGAGGCUUUUUGCCAAAUGUCUUUAAAGUCCUCUCUCAUAGACCAGCAGAGUUCAGAGCCUUCUUCAGUUACUACAAUGAACUAAUGAACAAAGAGACAGGCGGAUUGACCAAGGCAGACCGUGAGCUGAUUGUUGUCGCUACCAGUGUCCACAACAAGUGUCUUUACUGUGUGGUAUCCCACAGUGCAUUACAUCGCAUUUACUCUAAGAAGCCCACUCUUUCCGAUCAGGUGAUUGUUAACUAUGAGAAUGCAGAGCUGUCUGCUCGGGAGCGGGCCAUGCUGGACUUUGCGAUGGCUGUGUGUCGCUGUGACACCAUUACAGAGCAGCAUUUCCAGUCUUUGGAGGAAGUGGGCUUUGACCGUGAGGAUGCGUGGGACAUUUCUGCCAUCACUGCUUUCUUUGCCAUGUCCAACCGUCUCGCCCACCUCACCGACAUGAGGCCUAACUUAGAGUUUUAUAACAUGGGACGUAUGCCAAGGGACAAGAACAAGGACAAAGGGAAUGUAAAAGGAGAGUAGUGAUACAGAAAGGAUUCCAGAUGUCAAUGUAUUAUUUUAUUUUGUUAUUCUGUUUUUAUGUAGAUGACAAAAGAAGCAUGAGAGACAGAAUCUGAGUUUGUUGUGAACCUCCUUGUGUGUGUAGGUGUAGAUGGGGGAGACAUGGUUUUAAUCAAAUGAUUACUGACCCUGACUUUUUGAAUGUGUUGUGGCUCUGGCUGUUUCUCGAUCACUUGCCAUAUUGUAGGUAAAAGUGAAUCUUUUGCAGCAAGUUGGUCAUUACAUGAAUCAUUUGAACCAAUUUCACAGUUGUCUUUCAUUUAGUUUAUGUCAUAAAACCUAAAACAAUCACAUGUCAGAAUCUCAUGCCAGCUCUUAAUUUCCUUGUUCACUUAAAAUAGCUCUGUGCUAGGAUGUGUUGCACAUUGCAUUGUUACCGUCACUAUCAAUAGGAGUUUGAAUACGUAGCAUUGUUCAAAGCAAUGGAAGCUUGUGUUUUAAAGUAUCUAUAGGCCUUUCAUAUUCUAAAUAAACUAUUUUGUUAAUAAUAUGUAAGAUUUGAAAUUGA